AUGGCCUACCGUACUCCCUACGUGACGCCUCACAUUCUUCACAAGAACUAUGCUCAAGCCUUCGAUGCUGAGCCGAGCAAACUGGUUGGACGGGACCUGGAAUAUUUCUCCCAGGCUGGAUUCGACAUGGACCGGAUCCAGAUCAAGCGCAAUGCCCCCGUCGCACAGCUAUACGAGGAUGCUAUCCGGAAUGAGGGCGCCAUCAUCUCGUCGUCCGGUGCGCUCAUCAACUUCUCCGGGAAGAAGACCGGCCGUAGCCCCAAGGACAAGCGUAUUGUUUAUGAAGAGACGAGCAAGGACGAGAUCUGGUGGGGUUCCGUGAACAUUAUGAUGGAUGAACACACAUUUGAGAUCAACCGCGAGCGCGCCAUUGACUACCUCAACACCCGCGACAACGUCUACGUCUUCGACGGCUAUGCCGGGUGGGAUCCGAAGUACCGCAUCAAGGUCCGGGUCAUCUGUGCCCGUGCAUACCAUGCCCUCUUCAUGAACAAUAUGCUCAUCCGCCCAACGGAGGAAGAGCUCAAGGACUUUGGCGAGCCCGACUUCAUUAUUUACAAUGCCGGCCAAUUCCCUGCGAAUCGUUUCACCAAGGGCAUGUCAUCGACCACAUCCGUCGAGAUCAACUUCAAGCGGAUGGAGAUGGUCAUCCUCGGUACUGAGUACGCCGGCGAGAUGAAGAAGGGCGUCUUCUCGGUCAUGCACUACCUCCAACCUGUGAAAUUCGGUCAGCUCUCGCUACACUCCUCUGCCAACGUCGGCAUCGAGAAGGGUGACGUGACUCUCUUCUUUGGUCUCUCCGGCACUGGCAAGACGACACUCUCUGCCGACCCCAACCGUCUGCUCAUCGGCGACGAUGAGCAUGUUUGGUCCGAUACGGGUGUGUUCAACAUCGAGGGUGGGUGCUACGCCAAGUGCAUCAAUCUUUCUGCGGAGAAGGAACCUGAGAUCUUUAACGCUAUCCGCUUCGGCGGCAUCCUCGAGAACGUCGUAUACAACCCUCUUACCCGUGUGCCCGACUACGACGAUGUCAGCAUCACGGAGAACACACGUUGCGCGUACCCCAUCGAGUUCAUUCCGAACGCGAAGAUCCCCUGUAUCGUCAACACGCAGCCAAGCAAUAUCAUCAUGUUGACUUGCGAUGCGUUUGGUGUUCUCCCCCCCGUCAGCAAGCUCACCCCGGAGCAGGCGAGCUACCAUUUCCUUGCCGGUUAUACCUCGAAAACCCCUGGCACGGAAGACGGUGUGCUCGAGCCUAUCCCGACUUUCUCGACGUGCUACAGUGCGCCCUUCAUCGUCCUGCACCCCGGUCGAUACGCAGAGAUGCUCGCGGAGCGCAUGUCGAAGCACAACGUGAACUGCUGGCUGAUCAACACCGGCUGGACAGGCGGCAAGUUCGGUACGGGCAAGCGCUGCCCGCUCAAGUACACGCGCAUGAUCGUCGAUGCUGUGCACUCGGGUGCGCUCGCGCAGGCCGAGUACGAGACGUUCGGCACGUUCAACCUCCAGAUCCCCACUGGGCUCGAGGGUGUCCCGCGCGACCUUCUCAACCCGCGCCUGGCGUGGUCGGACAAGGAAGCGUUCGAGCGCGAGGUGCGCAAGCUUGCGGGCAUGUUCCAGAAGGCGUUUGCGUUGUAUGAGCAGGAUGUCGACGCGAAGGUGCGUGCGGCAGGCCCGCAGGUAGCGUGA